UCCCAAGAGGACAAUGUCCAACGUGCCAGUGGCUGUGGUGACUGGAUCCAACAAAGGGAUUGGAUUCGCUAUUGUGAGGGCUCUGUGCAAGCAGUUCCCAGGGGAUGUGUACCUGACAGCCAGAGACCCAGGCCGUGGCCAGGAAGCUGUGGCAAAGCUGCAGGAGGAAGGGCUGAGAGCACUUUUCCAUCAGUUGGACAUCGAUGACCUGCAGAGCAUCAAAGCUCUCCGUGACUUCCUGAAGGAGAAGUAUGGAGGGCUGAACGUGCUGGUGAACAAUGCUGGGAUUGCUUUCAAAGUCCAAGACACAACUCCGUUUGCAAUCCAAGCUGAGGUUACACUGAAGACAAACUUCUUUGGAACCAGGAAUGUUUGCACUGAGUUGUUGCCUCUCAUGAAGCCUUAUGGCCGAGUGGUGAAUGUGUCCAGCAUGGUAAGUAGCUCAGCCCUGGGAGGUUGCAGCCAAGAACUCCAGCAGAAGUUUCGCAGCAACACCAUCACUGAGGAUGAGUUAGUGCAACUCAUGACCAAAUUUGUAGAAGACACCAAGAAAAAUGUCCAUGCUAAAGAGGGGUGGCCAAAUACUGCCUACGGAGUCUCCAAAAUUGGGGUCACAGUCUUGUCCAGGAUCCAUGCCAGGAUGUUAGAUGAAAAGAGGAAGGGUGACCACAUCCUCCUCAAUGCCUGCUGCCCUGGCUGGGUGAGAACAGACAUGGCAGGGCCCAAAGCCACCAAAUCCCCCGAUGAAGGGGCUGAGACUCCAGUCUACUUGGCCCUUUUGCCUUCAGAUGCUGAUGGUCCUCAUGGCCAGUUUGUUAGUAACAAAACUGUUCGAACCUGGUAA